UUUGCCAAGGGCAUGGACACAACCCCAUACCAUGACAGACCCUGGCUUUUGUACUUCUUUGGUCCGGAGCACGCGGUGUACAUUCCUUCCAAAAAAUACCUGAAAUACUGAUUCAUCCGACCACAGUACACGUUUCCACUGUGUGAUGGUCCAUCCCAGAUGCCUCCGAGCCCAGAGAAGUCGACGGCGCUUCUGGACACUGUUAACAUAGGGCUUCCUUUUGGCACAGUACAGUUUUAACUGGCAUUUGUGGAUGUAACUACAUAUUGUGGUACUUGACAAAGGUUUGCCAAAGUAGUCCUGAGCCCAUGUGGUGAUAUCGCUUAUAGGUGAAUGACAAUUCUUGAUGCAGUGCGGCCUGAGGGAUCGGCGAUCACGGUUGUUCAGCUUAAGCUUGCGCCCCGGUCCUUUACGCACUGAAAUUCCUCCAGAUUCCUUGAAUCUUUUAGUUAUGUUAUGCACUGUUGAAUGUGAAAUAUCCAAAUCUAUUCCUAUCUUUCUUUGAGAAACAUUGUUUUUAAACAUUUCAAUAAUUUUCUCACGUAUUUGUUGGCAAACUGGCGAUCCUCGGCCCAUCUUUGCUCCUAAAGGAUUAGACCUUUCUUGGAUGCUGCUUUUUUACCAAAUCAUAAUUACAAUCACCUGUUCACAUCUCCUGUUUCAAAUCGCAUCAUUAUUUAACCAUUUUACCUCAUUACUAGCCCUAAAUUGCUCCUGUCCCAACUUUUUUUGGAAAAAAAUGCAUAUUUAAAAGGAUGCAUAUUUACAAAUCACAUGAAGUUUUUUUUCUUAAAGAAGCUCAAUUGAAACCUCGACAAGACGCACACCUGUUUCACACAUACUCCAUCUGCAGUGCAUAUGCAGUCCGUGUGCAUUACAUAUUUGGUGCAGAAGCAGCAAGGACUCAUACUCAUUGUGCUUUCACACAGGAAUGCACUGAUGGACGGCAAACAUGUGAAUGCUGGAAUCCGUUAACAUGGGUGUAGUCCAAGCAACAUUACAAGCUCAUGACAAUGAUCAGAAGGAUACUCCUAAUUCCCAGUUCACUAUGACGGUGGUGUCACAAGACCCUGCCUCACCAAAAUUUACCCUGAAGGACUUACCUACCUCUACAACCAAACAGCUCGCCUUCACGGGAUGCUUUGAUUAUGAUAAAGCAAAACAGUAUAAAGUGCUAGUUGAAGCAAGGGAUCAAGGCACACCUACAAUGUCCUCAACUGCAACUGUUUUUCUGGAUAUCACUGAUUCCAACACCCAUCGCCCAGAAUUCAGUUCGGCCACGUACAACACUGAAGUGAUGGAAAUGGAAUUGAAGGAGAUCUUAAGAAUCGGCAUCAACGACAAGGACACACCGAACACGCCUGGUUCAAGAGCAGUGUUCUCCAUCCUGAAGGGCAAUGAGGAAGCAAAUUAUAAGAUUGAGACAGACCCCAAAACCAAUGAAGGUGUGCUGUCUGUUAUCAAGGGGAAGAAUUUUGAGAAAACUGAGACCACAGAGCUGGAGAUAGCAGUUGAGAACGAGGAGAAAUUAUUUCAGUGUGUUGAUGGAAAGCCUGUAACAGGCCCCACACCAAAACCAAACACUGCCAAAGUGUCCGUGAAAGUCAUUGAUAUGAACGAUGCCCCCGUGUUUAAGAAACAAGUAGAAAAAGUCUACCGCAAUGAAAACGGACCUCCAGGAGAUGUGUUGUUAGUGCCCGAGGUCAAAGAUGAGGACUCGGACGUCAGCAAACUCAGGUAUCAGUUAGUUCAAGACCCAGCCAAAUGGGUGAGUGUGGAUCCAAAGUCAGGAAAGAUCACAACAGUACAGAAGAUGGACCGUGAGUCUCGUUUUGUCAAAAAUGGCACCUACACAGUCGUGAUGCAUGCUAUAGAUGACGGACAGCCUCCAGCUACAGGCACAUGUACUGUCGUGGUCUACCUAGGCGACCAGAACGACAAUGCUCCCUAUCUCGUAUCUAAAAACGCGGUCAUGUGCGGGAACAAAGUCGAUCGUGUGGAUGUGAAACCAACAGACCUUGAUGACCGGCCGUUUGCAGGUCCUUUCUCUUUCUCUCUGGGAGGAGACGAAGAGCUGAAGAGUCUCUGGAAGCUGGAUCCCACCACAGGAACAAACACCUCUCUGAUAAGUUUGACGAGCCUGGCGUAUGGCAACUACUCGGUUCCUUUGAAGAUACAGGAUCAGCAGGGGCUGCAAGGAGAAGAUGUUCUUCAGGUGGUUGUGUGUGAGUGCACGGGAAUCAACACAUGCCGUGGCCGACGUCCUUUCUCCUCGAGUCUGGGUCCAGCAGCCAUCGGUCUCCUGUUUGCUGGAUUUCUCCUAUUGGCCUUGCUGCUCCUCUUUUGUUUCCUCUGUGACUGUCAAAGCAAGAAUUUUCAACACAUCCCUCUGAACCUGCAGGACGAGGGUAACCAAACCCUUGUCAAAUACAAUGAAGAGGGAGGAGGCUCAAUCUUUAAGCCUGAGUCAAUGUUUCUGAAGGAUGGCUUGAAAACUCCUUCAGCACCGCCUGAGUAUGCUGUUGAUGGAUACAGGAAGGGGGAAAACUAUACGAUGAAAAGCCCUGCAGGGUAUAGCUAUCAGUACAACUUCCAGGAAAUGCCGAGUGGUGCAGGAGUGAUGAGCGUGCCACAGCAAAACUGGUCAACGAUCCAAAGGGAAAGGGAAAACUUUAGGAAUGAAAGUCGCCAGAUGCCUCACACAUACAGCUUAGCACGAACAGAAAGGAACCUGGCUGAACACAUUGAGAGGAAAAUCAGCAGCUUUCCGGAAGAGCAGAGGGACUGUCCAGCGUAUUCCCCGUAUCAGUACGAAUAUGAGGGGAAGGGCAGUGACUGUCAGUCACUGGAUCAGCUGACUGUUAGCAACCUCGGAAAUAACCUGGACUUCCUGCAGAACCUGGGGCCAAAGUUCAACACUCUGGGUGGGAUCUGUCAACAGUCAAUGGAGCGCAGGAACGUCCGGCUGUGAAAGAGGGUGAUGAUUUGAGGCUUUAUAUCACGCCACAUUUUUACAAUGCUUGCUGAGCUUCAAAGGGGUUCCAGGGUUGUUGCUGUUUUUUUGCUGUGAUUUUUAAUUUUUGGAGACAUUGCUCUAGGCCAUUCUUGAAUUGAGCGCCAUGACACCUGUACAGGCACAGGAUGAUUAUGGAUAUAAGCUGUGAACAUCACAUCUUCCUGCCCUCAAGGAACUAUGGAAUACACUGUGCAUUUGAGCUUAUGAUGGAUGUGUAAAGAAGCAUGUUGGGGGCUUGGAAUGAAAACUUGUGUCUGCAUCCCACCGGCUUGUGUGAAAUAAGGCGGUUGGUGGCUUGGACUGUUGUAGUUUUGGCUGUGACCCGUUUGAUGGCCUGAUCAAAUCUAAAGAAACUUUUUUUUUAAUUAUUAUUCUGCAAACACAAAGCCACACAUCACUACAACAAUUUAUGCUAGUAGUGUUUGUCUGGACUUAUCAUUCACUUGCUGCCUUUAGCUGUCAUAUUGUUUUGUGCACUUUGACUUUCCACUACAGAAUCACUGCCAAAAAUGACAAUUCUAUCAUUUAUUCAUCUUCAUGUCAAUCCAAACCUAUACAGAAACUUAUGUCCACCACAGAAUAAAAUAUAGAUACAUUUAUUUAUUUUUUUACACCUGACCACAUGCUCAUGCUCUCGCAUUUCUGAGAAAAAAAAAAUGUAAUUGUAAGAUUAAAAAGAAGCAUAUCUAUUAUGUGGCUAAAAUAGGCUAAGUUUCUAAACAAACCUUUUUCUUCUGUCAGGAAAUACAAAAAAAAUAAAUAAAUAAUAAUAAUAAUAAUAAUAAAAAUGCUUUGGAGGACGCUGGAAAAAUAAAAGCUUUGAUUUCCAACAAACCCAUUGACUGGACACAGUAUAUUUGUAUAUUUCAUAGAAGAAAGAAAAUCAUAUUUUUUUUUUUUUUUUU